AUGCAGCAGAUGGUCUCGUCAGUAGCAAGCACCGUCGAAAAAGAAUCGAACGGAGACUCGUUCUUGAACUCAGUCCUGGCCAAGAGGCCGAACUGGAGAUCUGAUUUCCACCUCAAAGAUUGGCUUCCUCGGGUGGCAAUCUGGCUUUCUGCAGAACAGCUAGACGAUUGGGGAUCUUCUCAAAUAGAUGCUCGACCUGACCACCUGCCGAUCCCAAUGACGCCAACUGAGGAACAACGCCAACAAAUCGAAACAGACUUUUGGAACACAGCGUCGCAAGACUUUACGUUUGGCGCAGCCAACAUUGGCUUGGGCCAUCGAUUGGCACAACUCGCGUACAGUUACACCUGCAACGUUGUCCCUAACAGGAAACAGCAACUGCUGCACUGGGAUGCUGCUGGGUUGGACGGAGACAAUCGUGCGUGGCACUAUUUGUUCGAUGACAGCCCUGUAAUCAUGGGUGUACCGGCUCAUCUCAAACAAGGUCCCUGGGGAGAGCACGUGAAUGGAACGCUCAACUUUAUCAAUCAACGCCGCAACGAAAUGAACACAUUCGGAAGUGAGCCGUCUGCGCAGGAGUUCUAUCAAAUGCUAAGAGCUCAACUAAAACAGCGUGUCAAGGACAAGAUUGCUUCCUUUGUGGAAGAUUACUUUCCAAAGGAUGAGCUCGUCAUUGGAGUCCAUAUCCGCGCUGGGAAUGGGAAAGACGACAACAUGGGGCACUUCCACAACACUCAUCGAGGCGACUGGCUCGAAGACUUGCCGGCUGCAAUUGCCAUGGUUCGGAAACAGGUUCGAAUGAUUGCAUACAGUAUUGUGGACCGCAUGAAUGUGGGCGGGGAGAUCUUUUCCAAAGACAACAUUGAUUCCGUCUUGGAUGGGCAGUACCGUAUCUUUUUGGCCACCGAGUCGGACAAGGUAUUGCAGGAGUUCCAACGCCAAGAUCCAACAGUGUUGGCCCUGCCACAAGAAAGGGUGGCUGACGGGGAAGGGGUUGCGAUAUUUCAAACGGCAGCCUGCUCCAACACCAGCAGUCCUUUGGAAUGUGCUGUACACACGCAGGAAUCCAUGCUGAUGGACAUGAUGAUUCUUGGGUCAAGCUGUGAUGCUGUGUUGGCGACCUCAUACUCCAACUUUAUGUACACGCUACCAGCUACAUUGAGUAUGGCCGAAGGUCGAAUAUUCUGUGAGAGUGGAAGAGCAGCGUUGGGUGGCCAGUACAUGCUGAAUGAGCACCAAGGAGAGGCAAACAUUCUGGGAGAUGCAGGAUGGUGGGCCCACCCUCCUCCCAAUGCAAUGCCUAUUCGUUGCAGCCAAGGAGGCUGGGCAGCCAGGGAUAGGGCCAACUUGAACUUCCCUCAAGAUGUGGGUGCUUCCUAG